AUGUCAGCACAAGACUACUACGGCGGUUCCCGCCAAAACACCCACACGCCCGGCGGCUCCUCCUCCCGCCACCUCUCCGCAGGCCCCCUCAUAGACGGCGCAGGCUACCGCCCCCGCUCCGCAAACUCAGAACGCCCUCGCUCCUCCUUCUCCUCGCUCGGCCUCCCGGGCUCCGGUUCAUCCCACCACCGCUCCCGAUCCUCCGGUCCACCAGGCUACGACGCCCAACUCGGCACAGGCCAAGAAGGCGAACGCGGCCUCGUCUCCACCAUCGGUGGCGGCGCGGCAGGAGGGUACGCCGGCAAGAAGUUCCUCGGCGGGAAACUCGGCGCUGUAGCGGGUGCUCUGGGCGGCGCGGUGGUCGCCAACAAGUUGGAGCAUAGGUUGAGCGGGACAGCAGUCAUCAUGGACACCAUGGACAUCACGGACACCACCACCCGCCUCCUCCUCCUCCCCCGCCGCCCCAUCACUACGGAGGUCACCACCACCACCACCACCACCACGGCGGACCUCCCCCGCCACCCUACGGAGGUCACCAUUACGGCCCGCCGCACCAUGGCCCCCCGCACCACGGCGGAAGCCAUCACUCCUCCGGUGGGUUCGGCGGUCUGGUCGGUUCGUUGA